ACGCCAUCGGAAUCUCCGCCAGCUGCGCAGACUCAGCAGCACUCACACCGUCACAUCAGGGUUUUCCGACGGUCUGCGCGGAUUUAGUCGAAUUAUUUAUUUAAUUACUCGUUAUAUAAUACACACCGACUUAAAAGACACACUCGCACACACUGAUCGUCCUCAACCUACUAGCGCACCCAAUGCACAAGUCCUCCUGACAGACUUGAAGCGACAGAGCUGACCUGAAUAUAUCCGCUGAGUCCGUGUCCCCACACUGAGGUAGGCCUUUCUGAGCAGACGGACUCACACUUACACCAGCGGUCAUACAACGGUGUCAGCAGCCCAUCAGCAGCCUGCGGCUCGAGGGGUAGAAGCAGCGUCCAAUACUGCAUCCACACCAUCCACUCCCAUCUACCUCCUCUUUUCACAUCUGACAUGGCAGACCCCAGCCUCACGUCGCCCUCUGGGACGCCGCUGCGCUCCCCCAACGCCUCUCUCACCCUCUCCUUCCCUUUCCUGAGGGAGAGGAGCCGGGUAUGGGAGGAAGGGAAGGAAAUGCCACUGCCUAGGGAUCUGCCCAGCCCGCUGCCAACCAAACGCACCCGCACCUACUCAGCUACGGUGCGUGCACACUCAGGUCCGGUGUUUAAGGGUGUGUGUAAAGACUUCUCGAGGUCACAAGGUCACGGCUUCAUCCGACCCUCCCACGGCGGCGAAGACAUCUUUGUUCACAUCUCAGACAUCGAGGGGGAGUAUGUCCCAGUCGAGGGCGAUGAGGUCACGUACAAAGUGAGCCGGGUCCCGCCCAAGAACCUGAAGGUGCAGGCAGUGGAGGUGAAGAUCACACAUCUCAACCCAGUGACAAAACACGAGACCUGGUCUGGGCAGAUCAUCAGCUCGUAGACCUGAGCUCCGGGAGCCUGGUGGGUCGCGCUGGGCAGGGUUGGGGGGGUGGACCGGUUGUGGGACUAAUAACUUAAGCUGAAAUCCUUUUCCUUUAAAAAAAAAAAA